AUGGGAUUACUUCAAAGCAAACCAUCACCAACGACGUCAACCAACAGAUUAUCAAUGAGACGGAGCGCAGUCCUGCCGAAUGAUCAACUUUUAUCAGUUACUAGCUCCAACACUCAGUCACCACCAGAAAUCAAACGUACACGAAGUUCAACUCUCCCAAUAUCAACACUGUUUUCAAGCCGAAGGGAGGAUGAUGACAAUUUUGCAAAUAUGUAUGUCAACAGUGGAAGAACUAAACCCUCUAUAUCACCAAACUCACCUCAUAAAAAUAGUUCAUCGAAGUUGCAAAUUGGAUCAUCAUCCGUAGGUGGAGGUUUAGGAAUUGAAUCACCAGUUGACAGUGAAGUAUACUCACCCAUCAUAAACAGCGAUCCAAAUAGCCCAGUUGUCACCAAAUUUACUCAUACCAUAACGUUAUCAACAGAUGAAGAAGGAAACAAGCUUGUGAAUGGAUACACAAUUAUUUCAACUUUAGGAAAAGGUUCAUAUGGAAAAGUUAAAUUGGUUUUAGACAACGAUAACAAACCUUUUGCUCUUAAGAUUAUGAAUAAGACUCUAUUGAAACGAGUCAAGAAAUCUGGUGGAGGGAACCUUCUUAUGGACGUACAGCGUGAAAUUGCCAUUAUGAAAAAAUUGUCACAUCCAAAUGUAGUACGAUUAUAUGAAGUGAUGGACGAUAGAAACUCCGAACUACUCUAUCUUGUUAUUGAAUAUGCCGAAAAUGGAGCUCUUUUAUCUCUUUCCGAAACAAAUUCAGAGAAUGUGGAUCCUAAACCUUGUAAAUUUAGACUUAACCAAAUCAGAAAAUAUAUGACACAAGCUAUUGAAGGAGUUCAAUAUCUUCACUCAAAAGGAAUUUGUCACAGAGAUAUCAAACCAGACAAUAUUUUGCUUGAUGGAAAUUAUAACGUAAAAAUUUCAGAUUUUGGUGUCAGUCAUAUUUGUGAAACAAAUGAUGAUACUGUUAAAGGUUCAGCUGGUACUCCUGCAUUCUUGUCACCUGAGGCAUGCAAGGGAGAGCCAUACAGUGGCUUCAAGAACGAUACAUGGGCACUUGGAAUUACUUUAUAUGCAUUGCUUUAUAAUACCACACCUUUUAAAGGAGAUUCAUAUAUGCAAAUGUAUAAUAGCAUUCAAAAUGAUGAAUUAGUAAUUCCUCCACCCUUUGACAAAGACGAGUUGCUUAAAGAUUUGUUGUACAAGGUGUUAGACAAAAGUCCAGAUACUAGAAUUUCUUUGGAAAACUUUAAAAACCAUCCAUGGAUGAAGGCUCAAUAUGAAGUAGACUCUAUUUUACAGAUCACUCCUCAAACUCCUGUUUCAGAACAAGAAAGCACACCAUCUACACCCACUGCUCCUUCUGAGCAACACACUGAACAUAAACAACAAGAUAGACUUCUCUUGAUAGUUAAGAUGAAACAGAGAAUGAAGAAAGCUGCUCUUCAAGCAAAGCUGUCACUGGAGGAGCAAGAACGAAAUUUCAGCAAGAUAAAAGAAGAAGGAGAGGAUUCUAACUUUAAAGGUCUGAUAUCUCAAACAGAGCAACUUAAAAUUAAUGAAGGUAGCAACCACACAAGCAAAACAAAGUCUCCAGAACAGUCAAUGGAAGACACCCAAAUUUAA